UGAAUGUUCACCAUUUUGUAACAGAGCUAAAGUAUUUUUGUCUAUGCAUGAAAGUAAAAAAACCUCCCGUGUGCAGCAGUGCCCCCAGCUUCCUCAGAACUUACCUGAGCCCCAUUGUGAUCUAGCAAUGUGAACAACAGGUUUGGCUGUCCAGGGUCUCUGCCUCCUCAAGCUGUGGCUCCGUGUGUGUGAAUGAACACACAGAGCAGUGGGUGCCCCCAUAGCAAGUUGCUUGCUGUGGGGACACCCAACUGGAGCGAGGAGCCAGGAGAGCCUGUGGGGGACAUGAGAAGAGGAGGAUCCAGGCUGCUCUGUGCAAAACCACUGCACACAGCAGGUAAGUAU